GCCGGGUGACGAGGUGACACAGAGGUCCCGCCUGCCCUCUUGGGGACGGGAAGUGCUGAGGCGGCGCUGGGGGACCCAAGGCCCAGCAGGGACACAGGAUCAGAUCCUGAGUGGCCCCGCUGAGGACGCGUAACUGGACGAGGUCAGUUGUUGAUGUGUGGGCAGCUCUGCCCCGCAACCCGAAAGCAGCAAGCCGAGCUUCUGCGCUGAGGUGAACACUAAGCUCUUCAUCAUGUCUGAUGGAGACUAUGAUUACCUCAUCAAGUUCCUAGCUCUGGGCGACUCCGGAGUAGGGAAGACCAGUGUUCUCUACCAGUACACAGAUGGUAAAUUUAAUUCCAAAUUUAUCACCACGGUGGGCAUUGAUUUCAGGGAAAAGAGAGUGGUGUACCGAGCCAGCCGGCCAGAUGGAGCCGUGGGCCGGGGCCAGAGGAUCCACCUGCAGCUGUGGGACACAGCCGGCCAGGAGAGGUUCCGCAGCCUGACCACAGCGUUCUUCAGGGAUGCAAUGGGCUUUCUUCUGCUGUUCGACCUGACCAAUGAGCAGAGCUUCCUGAAUGUUCGAAACUGGAUAAGCCAGCUGCAGAUGCACGCAUACUGUGACAGCCCCGACAUCGUGCUGUGUGGCAACAAGAGUGACCUGGAGGACCAGAGGGUGGUGAAGGAGGAGGAGGCCAGGGCACUUGCUGAGAAAUAUGGUGUCCCCUACUUUGAGACGAGUGCUGCCAACGGGACAAACAUAAGCCCCGCAAUCGAGGCGCUGCUGGAUCUGAUCAUGAAGCGGAUGGAGCGGUGCGUGGACAAGUCUUGGAUUCCCGAGGGCGUCGUGCGCUCCAAUGGCCACACCUCUGCUGAUCAGCUCAGAGAGGACAGGAAAGGGGGUUGUAGCUGCUGAGCACCUCGAGGACACGGGCCAUGUGUGAUACGUGGUUGUGAGAUUACAGGCAAACUGUUUCUCAGCAUCUCCCUCAGGUCUAGUAAUGAACCACCUGCUUUUUAAUUGCUGCAGCUUUGUAAAUAUUUCUUGAAGAUUCAGCCUGAGAAAUAGCUCCCAGGCCCCAAAGUGCCUUAUAAACCCUCAGUUCCCAGGGGGCAGCCAGGAGGGACUCAGUGUGGGCGUCUGUCGCAUGGGACACUGUGGACAGGACUCUGUCACUGGCUGUGACGCAGACAGACCAGGCUCUCCUGUUGAGAGCUUCGAUGUAAUCGUAGUGCUGAAUCCAAAUUUAAAUCCCACACUGUAGGUGACCUUCUCAGCUGCCACUUGUGGGAUGAGAAUGCAUGUGCAGGUGUGAUCUGCUGGAUCUGCUGACCCUGCAUGUGUCCCCUUUAACAUACAUGGCUCUGUGUUCCAGUCCCAUCCAGAGGGCUCAGUGAGCGGGGCUGGCUGUGACCACAGGCUCACUGUGACUCUGGCUUGGGGGAAAGGGUUUAAGUUGCGGCAAGGGUGGCUCGAUAUCCUUUCAGCCUCUCUGCUGUGUUCCCGUGGCUCUGAAGGGCUGACGGGAGGGUCAAAGUCCACCGCGACCUGUGCUCUUGUGCUUGGCCUCUGUGCGGCCGGGUCAGGCGUAGCUGGUGCUUGCACUGCUGUGUGCAGCAGCAUUAUGCUUUCUUUACUUCACGUUUGUAAUGUGGCCUGGUGGCCACAGUUUAUAAGCUAUUGAUCUGUCCUCAUCACUGUUCCAUUCCAGUCCCAACCCUGUGGUGAGACUACAAAAGCCAACCCUGCCUCCCUGACAGACACCUGUAAUCUAAUUUGCAUCUGACAAGACAGCUGUAAUCUAAUUUACCUCCUGAUAGGCAUCCUGCUCUAAACCUAAUCCACAAAUAUCAGCCCCUCCCAGAAAUGUCCUGGCCGCUCAAACAAAGCCAAAAGCACUUCUCUAAAACUUCUGUGCCACUCCUAACAGGGUCCAGUCCCCUCUACCUAUGUAUAUAUAAACCUAGCUCUUUGCGUCUAGUGCGCGGUCUCUACCCUUAUAGCCACCACGCUCCACGUAGGUGUUUACAGCUUGGUUACUUUUUCCUAUCCGAGCAACUGAAGGAAUUAGUAUUCAUGACAGAAGCGUGUCAGCCAAGUGGUGGUGAGAUGCUCAGGUCUCUAAGCACCACCUGUCCUCUCCCCAGGGCAAUGACAGGACCAGCCUGCAGCCUGCAGUCUCACUGUGCCCCCAGGUUGCUAAAUGUUCACACCAAAGAGGGUGGUUUUAAAAUAUGCUUCAUGGAAGGUGUUCGUAAAGUCCAAAGGUAUUUCAUUUAGGGGUAAUUCUUAUUUAUUAAAGUGGUUUAAAUACAGUAGAUUCAAUUCUCGAGAGCACUUUAGUGGUUAUUUAGGACAAAAUGUCUCCCACUGUAAUUUAGUGAAAAAUAAAAAUGAAUGUCUCUUAUGACAGCAGAUAUUUACAAGAACUACGAUUAGAAAAAUACAGGUAUCUGGCAACCACUCUUGCAUGGUGACUUGCACAUGGGUUUUUAUUGCGCUCCUGUAGGGUUCUGGCCACUGCCCUUUGCCUCGCCCAUAACAAACUUAGCUUCGGAUACUAAGAUUUUAUAUUUUUCUGUCUUUGAAAUCAGAGCCUCUUUUAAACACCAAGGACGCCCCUGAAGCCUGUGCGUUGUGUCUUGUGGUAAAAAGGCACUGUGAAGGCAGGGCCAGAGUCACACCUGGUACCUCCCGACUGCGCCUUGGGACAGCCAGAGUGCAUCCUGGUUCUGCUGGGGUCUCUGCGCCCUAGGACCGAAGUCAGUGUGUCAUGCUUCUGUUUUCAGGAGCCAGGAGAUAGCUACGGGCCGCACUGGCCAUAAGCACAGGACGCAAUAAAUGUACACGUGGCACAGUACCCCCAAGCCACCUCCAGUCGUUGAAAAAAAGACCCGUAUCUCCUUUCAAAAGCAUUUGUGUAAAUUUUAUAUCAAAGUGCCAUACUUUUCUGAGUGUCAGUGUACUUUUGUACUUACAAGCCUGUGUAAAAACGCGUCAUGAAUUUCGUGCCAAUAAAGCAAUGAUUAAAAAGGGG